AUGAGGAGGGGCCACGUCAGAUUUCCCGCCAGAGCGAAGGCCCCUCUCUACCUCCUCGCCGGAGCGGGAAUCACGGCCCUGUCUCUGCGGUCGGUCCCCGAUCCUUUCCCCUCCUCCGGCGAUCUCUCGCUCUCCGCAGCCGAGAGGAUUAGGCUCGAGGUGGAAGGCAUCGUACGAUCGUCUCGGGCUCUCUACGCUGUCAGUCUCCUCAUCCUGCAUCUCUCUCUCUCUCUCUCUUUCUUUCUCUCACCUCUUUCUCCAUUUAUUUUCUCUUUAUGUUGAUAAUGAACUCUGCUGUCUAUUCCAGAUCACCUAUGUUAUCGCUGACUACAAGUUCUCGUUAUGGGGCCUGGAACGUCGUCCUGUGGAUCACCACAACAAAUUACUGGAGGUAUUCACGACAUUAUUCUAUCAAAGACAUGAUGUAGGAUUUGGAUUAUAGAGUAUGCUCCGCAUCCUCGUUUGCAGUUCGUUUCUUAGGCCUUCAUUCGUGUAGUUUACAUGUACCGGGCUGCAGUUCUCUCAAAACCCGAAGAUUCUCGCGUCGAAUAAACAUUUUAUUUUUUUACCUUAUAGUGUCGGUUGGGUAACUUGAAUUCUAUCCAGAAACAUGUUUGCAUUUGGUUGAAUCGGUGCCAUUGAAAGAUGGCGUAUACUCUAUCCAAGGCCAUUUUUGCGUUUGAUUAAAUCAGGAUGUUUCAGAACGUCUAAAUGUAUAUAAAUGUGAGCUUGUGAAGAACGGAAGCGCAGGGACCAUUUUCCUUCUUAAUAGAUUACGUAUUGGAUCACGAAGCUAGCCUGGCGCUUUCUUUUCAAGUGGAAGAUAAAUGCAAAUACCUUUUUUCAGGGUGGUAAAUCUGAAUUCUGUCAUUUUGAUGGUCCUUGAAUGCACACAAAGCGCCUUUAACGCAGUAUAUUCGCGAUAAAAGUAACUUUUUUGGCAUUCAUUAAACGUACAUUUUGAUUUAUUUAAUUCAAUGAUAUGGAUCAGCACAUGAAUACUGCAUUUUACCAGUUUGUGUCGAUAUGCCAUGAUGGCCUUAAAAAUGGUAGUGGGUUGUAUUAUAACCUUUUAUUAGCUCAUAAGUAUGACCAGAGAUUAACUUAGAUAUUGGAUCCGGCCAUUUUCUCUGAAACCUCCUGAAAUGCACACUUCCCAAUGAGCUACUUGUAUCAUGCUGAAAUUCGCUAUCACUGUCCCUAUCUUGUGUUGUUAUAGUAAAAUGUUAUAAGUUUCCACUUCACGUGCUUUUGUCCUUUCCUGAAAGGGCCUACUUCAAGUUGUAAUGAUAAUGAGAAAUGGACGCAACAUGGUCUGCCUUUUUUCAACUCUUAUUGUUCCAGGUCCACCUACGAUCCGCCCAGAGGCUUUUGAAACUAUGUGAAACCAACAAGGGCUUUUAUGUGAAGGCCGGUCAAUUUGUCUCCUCUUUGCGUCAAGUGCCAAAAGAGUAUUCAUCAACAUUUUCAACAUUACAGGACAAGGUAUUCUGUAAUUUUCUUGUACUUUACGAUAGAAUCUUGGUAUCUUGAUGAAUAUUUAUAUUUUUCAUGUAUUUAUUUUGCUUCUCCAGGAUGGAAUCUUUGUAUCUUGCUGAAUACCUGUAUAUAUUUUCCCUCUUGAUGUUUUAGGCUGUCCCUUGUCCUUUUGAAGACAUCAAAGAAGUAAUAGCCAGGAAUCUAGGGAAAAACUUUACUGACUUGUAAGUUUCUUCUGGCGAAUUUAUAUUCUGUGUUAUUUAGUCUGUGUUUCAUUAACAGCUCUCAUUAUGGAGAUUUGAAGUCUCCUCAUUGAAGCGGUUAUUGGCCUAUAAUUUAUGCAUUUUUUUCCUCGUCAACCAGAAAAUCUAGCUGUAUCAUCACCGUUAUCGUCGUCCUUUCCAACCAAUCUUGGACCUUUUCCUUCAAUUGCUAUAUUUGACUUCCACGAGUUUGACUGGUAUAUUCCAAUUGGUCUCACUUUUCAGAAGUUCCAACUUGAUCAAAUGUGAGUCAGCCACUCUUGUUUACGAGUGAAUUAACUGUUUAUAUCCGCCAUCUAUGGGAUUUGUGCUUAAAUGGCAACCAUAUAAACGCAAAUCUAAUCGUACCCUUUCUUUCUAUGGUUAUCUGAGAAUUUUUUUUCGUCCACUCUUAAUUGCCACGUAAAAAAUUCGUUUAUCCUUUUCACAAGCACGCCUCUUCACCGAAGGAGGUGACUUAGAUGGUAGACCUCCACUUUUUGGAUUUGCAUUUCAGACAUCUGAACGACUUUGUUGCUGCAAUGUAGUCAGGGUCAUUUCCACAACCUAGGUUGAUGCUCCUUUUCCAGCAGCUAGAAACUUCCUGGUUUUGUGUGAAAUAACAGUUUCUUGUAGAGGAAACUGUAAAGAAUGUGCUGCCCGGGCAAUCUUGUGGGAUAUACAAAUAGAAAGGACCAUAAGAAUUCUUGAAGAAAAUUUCAAUAAUGUUCUUGACACGAUUAAUAGAACCACAAAUCUGGGGGAGGAUCAGGCAUUAGUUAUCGAUAAAUUGGAUUUAGAACCUUUUUUUCCGCAGAAAAUCUGAAGAUGGCUACAAUUUCCGAUCUCAGUGACCUGUCUUCAAUAGAACUAUCAAUAUGUUAGCUUUUGCUUUAAAAUCAAAUCGCAUGGUCUGUAAAAUCAAACUGCAUAGUUUAGUUCAAGGUGUCUGUCUAAUGACUUGGCUAGAUCUAGCAUCUUGCUACAUUAGAAUACCAUUUUUUCUUCUGAGGUCAUGAGGCGGAGUCUUGGGUAUCUCAUAUUUUCUGAGGAGAGCUUGUUGCUUUAUAUGCAUCUGCCUUUUUCUGUAUGUGACAGUCUGCCUAAAAAGUUGGUAUCAAAUGUACUCUUUGGCGCCAAAGGAUAUUAGAAAAUGCUGAACCUUUUUGUCGCCGUCCUUCUAUAUGAUGACAAUUUAGCAUUUCCAGAGACGGAUCGAGCUUGUGCUUUUUGCAAGUGAUGAUUAGAUCGUCUAAAUAUGUGACAGAUUUUACUCGUUUGAUGAAAAGCCCAUUGCUGCUGCAUCAAUUGCUCAAGUGCAUCACGCAUUGCUGAGAGACAGACAAGAAGUUGCUGUGAAGGUUGGUCAUGAUUUCAAUCAUAACAUGUCAUGAUCACUCUUUUUUUUUUUCCCCCUUUUCUAUUCUUUUGUUCUUUCAGCCUAUUUAUGUGCACUUCUUUCACAUCAUACCUUACAUUUCAACAUUUUCGAUUUCUCCUGAUCAGUGUAGUGUGAUGUAGUAACAAAACUUCAUUCCGGGGAUGCAUGCCUUCACUCCAGCUGGUCGCCUUUCCGGAUUGCACUAAAUUACUUAUUAACGAAAUCUUUGUAUACUUUUCUGUGCACCUCACCUGUGGAUGACGAACUGUCAUUGAUUUCGCAUUAAAUGGCUUCUAGUUCACUAAAGACAAGAUCCAAAAUCUGUUCUUUAUCGUAGAAGGCAGCUGUCUAAUGAUAAAAACAUGUGCCUGGAUAUUUUAUUUGUUAUUUCUUUAGAAAGGCAAAAAAUCUGCUUUCCUUUUCAUCCUCGAACUACACUUUGUUCCCCGGUAUCUACUCUCGUGUUUCGUUUCCACCGACACAGUUAUGGCAUGCCUACACUAGGUUCGCACUUCAGGGGAAAUUAAACUCAUCAAGGGUUAAUAUGUUACUAGUUUUUAUACUAAAAGACUGUCGUAUCCCUAUCGAGAACUCUCAGAAUUUUUUUAUAUUAGUUAUCAAAGAACCUUGUGUACUGAUAGACCUUUCUACUCAUCGUGAACUUGCUUGAAGCUGCUAUUCGCUGCUGUAGGUAUUAUAUAUAAAUAAAAACCUCAGACGAGUGGACAAGCGAGUGAUUACUCCACAGAAUAUAACCUGGCUAGUUAUAGUACAUUUAAGUAUAAUUGAUAGUACAAUUGCACAGAAGGUCACGUACACAUUUAAGUAUUAAAUGAUUUAUAGUUUCAUUUAUGAGUAUUUAAUUAUGUUGAUGAAAAUAGGUGCAAUACCCAGGCUUACAGCAGCAGCUGACGGUCGACCUCAGAACCAUGGCUGUCCUUUCAAGUUUUGUUUCACAGGUGCUUUGGCAAUGUGCUUACAAUAACCAUGAUUCGUUUUCUGUUGACCAUCACUGUGAGAGGAGACGGAUGAAUUACCUCUUACUGUUCAGUAAUCUAAAACCCUCGAAGGUACUUAAAAACUGACAUCUCAUCAAGAGUUUAAUCGUGUUCAUCUCAGAUUUUCCCGGACUACAGGUUGGAAUGGAUGGUAUCAGAGUUUAAGAGGACAUUGUCUUCGGAACUCGGUUAGUAGUACAUCUUCUUCCAGAUUUGUAUGUCUUGCCAUGAACUCUGAAUAUCUAAACUUACACGGCGCCGAGGAGAAAUUUAAAUAUUAGGUUUCAGUUUUUUCCUUUUUAAGGACUUAAACUAUGUAGUAAUUGGGGCUAUGGAUCAAGUGGCUGCUGUAGAUUUUUUGCAGGAGGCAAAGAAUGCGGAGAGGACAGCCAGAAACUUCAAAACGAAAAAGAUCAUCAAAGUUCCUCAUGUAUUCUGGGUAUGUUUUCAACUCAGUCAAGUAAAGUUGACGUCUUCUGCUGAUGUCUCUCUAUUUGGAGCCAGAGUCAACGCCACCUAAGAGAAGACCACGUACUAUUCCCUUCUCUGUUUGACCAGUUGAAUACACGUGCAGGACUUGACAACAAAGCAGGUUCUGACGAUGCAGUUUUUCCAUGGACAAAAGGUAUAUAAAUAAAUCAUCUUCAUAACCUUGCUCCAUAGAAAUAUCCGUUCAUUCGUUAUAAUAUCAGAAGGUAAAUUAUAAAGAAUGCAUUCUUUAUAUAAUAUUUAUUUUAAAAAAAUAUUAUGCAAACAACGAUAAAUUGUUUAACCUCCCUCUAUCUUUGUAAAAGUGCUCCCUUUUCUGCUGACCAUCUUCUUUUUUGGACGAACUCAAUUCUGUGGCACAUUUGCUAGCGUUUCUAACUAUAUAAUCAUUUCUCCCUCUUCUUUCAGAUUGAUGAUGUGGAAUUUUUGAAGGAUUCAGGCAUAGAUCCGGGAAAGGUUUGUUUCCAGUUUAAGAAAAAUAAAACUUAUGAAGCUACCAACAAUCUAAUCCUGCUAAAUAAAAUGCAUGACAUCGUGGAUAAGAUUCCUUGAAACGAAUGGAAAUCUCAACUAACGCGUACUUGGUUUUUUUUUAUUAAAAAAAAAUAAAAGGGAGAGAAAAAAAUUCAACCCACUGGGAUCGACAAAACCUUGUCCCAUGCAUCUUACAUCGAACACACGCUCUGAUUUUCAAUCCAUACUAACCAGUUUCUCCUCUCCGAGUGAAGAUUUCUCCUCCAGAUAUAAGAUCCUCGCCUACAGAAAAAUAUUAAUUUCUCGGUUUAAUGUUCAGGUUGCCAAGACAUUGGUAGAACUCUUCUCUGAAAUGAUCUUCAUCCAUGGUUUCGUCCACGGCGAUCCCCACCCUGGCAACAUCUUGGUUUCUCCCGACGGCUACCAGGGAUUCUCUCUAAGUACGAGCUAUCAAUCGAUUUCUUAUUACACAGUUUUCGUUAUUUAAUCAGAUAAUUUCUGGUGUUGGGAAAAUGCAGUUAUUUUAGAUCACGGCAUCUACAGAGAGCUCGAUGAGGAGUUCAGAACGGAUUACUGCCGGCUGUGGAAAGCUCUGGUUCUUAUGGACUCGCCAACGAUUCAUGAAAUCGGUGGGAGAUUCGGCCUGGGCCAGUAUGCAAAGUAUCUCCCCGUUAUCUUCACCGGAAGAACACUAGAGAGGUAUGCCUGAUCCCAUUUCAUUGGCCAACUAAGGAAGUUUGACUUUUAUAUAAGGCAUUAUUUCUUUAUUUAGUUAAUUAGUUGGGACAUGAUGUUUGUGAUAUUCUUGUGGCAGCAAGUCAAACCUGGGGAAGCAGAUGCCUGCCGAGGAGAAGAGGGAGCUGAGGCGGGAGCUGCUCGCCCUGAAGAUGGGCGAUAUUUCCUCUUUCAUGGAGUCAAUGCCACCCGAUUUUCUGACUGUUUUACGAACAGAGUAAGCCGAUUCUCUCUCUCCUUUCCCCUUCUAUACAUGGAAGGUUUUCCAAUCUCGUGUGAUCUGUUCCAGCGGUCAACUGAGGUCCAUCAUGGGCAGACUCGGUGCGCCGGCGCGCGUACGAUUAUUAUCGUACGCCAGAUUUGCUGCCUGCGGCCUCUCCUCCAAGCAUCGGAACGAAAAUGGUGAAAAUAACUAUUAAAGUAGCAAUUAUGUCGUGCUGCUCUGUUUUAUUUUUUUAUUUUUUUCUUUUAGUCAACGCAUGAUCACUUCCUCCUCUACCUCAGCCUAUCUGUUUGACCAAAUCAUCUCCGGGAUCACAACAAGGGCCAGCUACCUCCAUCUCAGGUUUCUCCUCGGUAAGCUUCCCCCCUCCCCCCUUCCCUGUUACAAGCUAGGAGCAAGCUAACCUCUCUCUCUCUCUCUCUCUCUCUCUCUCUACCAGAGAUCUUGGAGCUGCUCUCGAGACUGGAGAGCUUGGGGCAUUCAAUUCUUGUGAAGGUCAAAUGGCUUCUCCCGCGGAUGGCCCACUUCACCAACUUGAGCCGCCGGACUCUCCUCGCAGAUGCUCAGAUGAUCUGA